CCGCGUUCGCUUUGGCAAUCAACAUCUCCGCCUUGGAUGGUAGUCAACCAACACAGCAUGUUCACAACUAAGAUCUCCAAAGCAUGUCAAGAAUGCCGAAGGCGUAAGAUCCGAUGCGAUGGGCUGAAUCCGUGCUCGACGUGUCAGCGACGCAACACCGUGUGCCAGUUCCGAAAACGCGCUCGUGUGCGUCAGCGGCUGGGGCCAGCCAUUCCACCACCAUACACUCAGGGGUCGGAAGCGCCCUUUGGCGACCUGGAGGAGACCCUGAGUCAGACCUUGACUGAAGCAGCAUUAGCUGCAGAUCUAGCUAGUCCCGGGGAGAAGCCGAAGGAGCGCCAGCACCCGCCUAGUGAACCUCCAUCGCACCUCUACCGGGAUGUGCACAAGAGUGUGUCCGCCCGUGAAGAAUCAUCUUCAUCGGACUCAGUGGAAUUGUACUAUGGCCCAACCUCCGAUUUCUCCCUGCUCCAGCACCUUUACCGUCGUCUAUACAUCCAUGCGAAUUCGUCGGCCCCUCAACCCGGCCGAGGCGAUAUAGACGAGGUAGACCAGGGGCUGGACUUCUUCCGCAUCCGCCAUAUCUUCUUCGGACCAACCACAGCGGCAUCGGGCUCCGACCAGGCCGAACAGCCCCUCCUAAAUCUGCCUUCACGACAGGUUUGCUAUACCCUGAUGAACCGUUUUCUUGCUACCCAUUACAAUGUCGUUCCCUUUUACCUGAAAUCCCGCUAUGACCAGUUGCUCCGGGCCUUGCUUGGCGACGCCGACAGCAGUCCGUGUAGCCCAGUUCAGAAGCAGAUCGGCCUCCUAGCCAUGGCGACUGCUGCAGCCAAUACCGAGCACUUUGAAUGGGGUGCGACCGUGGCGGAGUACUGUGAAGCUCAACGUGCAAAAACAGAGAACAUUGUCAGCUUGGAAAGUAUUCAACUGGGAAUCAUGAUGGCCAUUUAUCAUCUGGAGUAUGCGCAUUCCAACAUUGCCUACGUUGUCAUUGGCAAUGCUUGUCGCAAAACCUUUGCCGCUGGUCUGCACCGGCAGCAGUUGCGCGCAAACUCGGAUGACAAUCAGGGCAUGUUAGAGCGGCGCCAUACCUUUUGGUCACUCUACUUUGUGGAAAUAUGGAUCAGCUUCUAUCUCGGUCGCCCGAGCAUGCUGGAAUUUAUCAAGGUCGAAGUUUCGCAACCACAAGACAUCUUUCUCUCGAUAUUGCAGCACUUCGCCACUGUCAUGCUAAAGAUCGUCCAGCAAAUUUACCGCCCGCAAUGCGCCCCAGCCGCCUUGUGGAACAGUGCCAUCGCCGUCGGCAGAGAGAUGUCUGCACUUCACUCCAAAGCCCAAGCUGACUUCGGGAUCGAACUCGAUGCGCCUCGGAUAAGUGAUCCACGGGGUAUGCGACCCACGAUUCUCGUUACCUUGUAUAAUUUCAUGUCCUUACUCAUCUUUCGGCCAUUCCUUAUCAUUCGUGGCAAGCUCCAGCAUUCCCAGGCGGAGGCAUCUGAGUCUCCCUCCACUUCAUCGCAGUCCCGCCCGGACAUUCCCAGCUGGCUUAAUGAUGCAUGUCACCGGUGUUUGAAUGCGGCCAAAUCCAUUAUUCUCUACAUUUGCCAUAUUUCCGCCUCCGAUUCUUUACUCCUGGAACUCCGCUUCAACUGUUUCUAUCUGGAGAAUUGCCUAUUUGUGCUCCUAUACGACAUGGCCUCUAACCCAGAGAAGCAUACCCACAAUCUGCCCCUCAUCCACGAGGGUUUGCAGUUUCUGGCCCGCAUGCGACCGGGCGAUCCCGUGUGCAGCUCCAUCACCACCAUCCGCCGCAUUCUGCAUCAUUUAAACCUCGACGCCGGACCCGGGGAGCUCGUGCAUGAUCACCACCACCAGCAGCAUUCUCCACAACUACAAGGUUUCGACCCCUCCUCACAACCACCACCACCGACAUUGCCACUUUCUCUGUCACAGAUGACCAUGGGGCCCGGGGUCUGGGAGGAGCAGCCACAGCAGCACCCGCCGCCUCUCUCAUCCCAGCCUCUGGGGAAUCCCGGAUUACUGGCUCCCAGUACGGAUCUACAAUUUGACUUAGAUAUCUCCGGGGCGGAUUUUAAUGUGGAUAUUACGGCGAUAGACUGGGGGACUUUCUUUUCUUAUGUGCCGAAUCAAUGAUCUACUUUCCGGUUAAAUCACAAGAGGUUUUCAGAAGUAUGAAGCAAUGAAAUGGCAAGCGGCAGCCCCUGCAAAUCCUUGUUCUCUGUCUCAUCUCCUUCCGUGGAGAAUCCGAGAAAUGAAAAG